AUGUCUGCCAACAAGCUCCACGCUGCUUAUGUCGCUCCCGACCAGUCUCGCACUUUCGAGCACAGCAUUUCUUCCCCGCUCCCCUCCGCCGACGCCGUCCCUCAGAAGCUCGUACCCACUCUGCAGAACGACAUCAACGUGUUCCUGACCGAGCGCAUGGAAGAGGACAAGAAGGCUGCCGAGGCACAGGGCCAAAAGGUCUCUGACAAGGAAGCCAAGGAGGAGGAAAACUACGGAGAAGAGGUUGUGGAAGAGGAUGCUUGA